AUGUCUGUCCGAGCGUUUCGAGAAUCGUGGUUAGAAUCGGCCAAAAUAGUCGCCCCAUUGGGAGUCAAUCUCAUGGACUGUAUUAAUGGCUAUCGAUUCAAGUUUGGGGACAAACCAUUUGCCGGUGUGGGAGGCAUACAGUGUUUGGCCUAUCAGUUCGCUAUCGUAGACACACUACGAGCGCUGGGCAUAACACCCGACGGCUACUUUGGUCACUCAUUAGGCGAAGUGAUGUGCGCUUAUAUGGACGGGUGGGCCGAUCGGCGCCAAUGUUUAUUAGCGUAUAGCGCAGCGCAAUUGCGCGCCACCGAUGAAUACAACCAUGGGUUAUUACUGCAAGCGGCCACCGAUUGCACCUGGUCAGAGUUGACCACUAGGCGUACUCACGUAACCGGUUAUGAAGCGCCUGUUCGGGCCCUAAUUGAUGAAUUGAACGAACAAGGGCGAAUAACUAAACCAUUAUGGUUGGCUCCCUAUAGCAUACACACCGGCUCGGCCUUCAUGGCCGACACGUACGACACGUUGCGUAAACAGUUUGAACGCGUAGUGCCGGACCCUCAGCGCCGACAACACAGCGCCCGUUGGCUCACUUCAGUGCCGCCGCCGAUGACUGGCGGGCCGUCUCUAUCAUCGCCUCCCGAAUACACAUUCGCCGAGUUUAUGGCGUCAAUGCUUUGGUCGCCGGUCGACGUCAAGUCGGCUGUGGAUCGACUGCCGGCCGACGCACUGGUCAUUGAUAUCUCAGGUCAGCGCGAUUUGCGUCACGUUGUGCUCAAAGACAGGCCUCAGGCUAAGUAUAUUAGUUGCACACGAGUUGAGCCCACAAUAGCCAACCAAUCGGUCAUAACUAAUGUGCGACAACUGUUGGCCAACACCGGCACCGAUGGCGGGCCCACACAUGUGAUCGCCACUACACGACAGGCCACUAAUGCGGCGUUGGAUGAGCUCCGGGACCGACACUCAAACCUACAUGUCCUACAACUGGACGGUACGGACUAUAAGAGUUUUGAUGGCUUUGCCAAACAAGUGGCCGAUAUUGUGGGCGACAGGGGUUUGGAUACACUCAUCAAUAACGCCGGCAUUUAUCUAAAGCAAAGACUGAAUGAGACAACCGCUGAAGAUAUGGUGACUAACUUUAAAGUCAAUUCCGUGGGACCACUGAUGCUCACCAGAGCUUUGCUGCCAGUGCUUAAAAAAUCAGCGGCAGCCAAGCGCAAAACCAUCAUUGUUAACAUUACUUCUCAACUGGGCUCGAUCCAGAACAUUGACAAAUUCAAAAUGGCAAUGUUUUACCCUUACAUUGUAAGCAAAGCCGCGUUGAACAUGAUCAAUAAAUGCUUGGAUGUAGAUCUGGCUUCCUAUGGCAUCAGGUCGGUGGCUAUUCACCCUGGUCACGUGGCCACAGACAUGAGUCCGCACGGCACGUUUACCCCGGAGCAAAGUGUGACCCAGGUACUACGCACUGCUAACACUGUUAAGGAUUCCGAUUAUGGCAAGAUGCUUAAUUAUGAUGGUGCUGUGUUGCCAUUUUGA